AGUCAAAAAAGUGCCAUCCCCAAUCAGCUGCCAGUUUAACGUCAAAACAAUCGAGUCUUUCGUAACGUAAAUCAAAAACACACGGGACUACAGUAGUCACUAAAUUGCAGUGGCUGCGAAUGAUGUUGGGCAUUCGCUGCCUGCGCCAGUGCUACGGUCUCCGAAACCCGCCAGUUCCGUGGACACAGAAAAUCCAUGGCUCCAUCCAUGUCCGCAGAGACUACGCGGCUCUGUGCCGGAUGCGAACCCAGGUAGUGGGCCACCAAAAGUACGGAUUUCGUUUAAGCCACGGCAAAGGGGAAACGGAAGGUGGAACCCUGAGUUUCAUGCUGCUGAGAUGGACGAAAAUCGCGUGGAGCAACAUGUUCGGAAAGUAUCUGCUCGUGACGAACGUGGUGGGUUCCGGACUGCUGAUGGUCGUGGGCGAUGUGAUAGCCCAGGAGUACGAGUACAGGCGGGGAUUGCGGCACCAGGAUCGCUUUGAUACGGAUCGCAUGUACAGGAUGUUUGUGGCUGGUGCGCUGCAGGGACCGCUGCACCACUACGUGUAUAACUGGAUGGACAGGAUAAUGCCCGCUCGUACCUUGAAGAAUAUCUUCAAGAAGAUCCUGAUCGACCAGCUGUUCAUGUCGCCCGCCUGCAUCAUCAUUUUCUUCUAUUCCCUUUGCUAUCUGGAGCGGCAAACGCUGGAGGCCACAAAUCAGGAGCUGAUCUCGAAGUUCCCGUAUGUGUACAUGCUGGAUUGGAUGACCUGGCCGGCGGCACAGUACCUGAACUUUCGCUAUCUAGACACCAAAUACCGGGUGACCUUCGUCAAUGUGUGCACGGCUGUGUAUAAUGUGCUCAUGUCCUACAUGAAGCACGAUUUCGGGGUUCACUUACCACUGGAGGGGGAGUUAGUUGAGUCUUCCGAGAAGACCUUAUUACCUCCAAGUUCAUAGACGAAUCCCGAAGCCCAGGAAGCUGUUUAAUACACGACGACCACCGCGGAAGAUGUGUGAUAUUGAUAGGAAUCCAAAUUGAAUAGUUAUUGUGCACACGAGUGUUAUUAUGUAAAAAUGAGGCUCUUAAAACCAAUAAAUAUGUAUAAAUAUUAUAAA